AUGUCUAAUGAAGUCUUCAAUCCCGCUCGACACAUUGACGCCAUCCUGCUUUCUUUUCACUACUGUGAUCAUUUGCAUGAGGCCACUCUCAGAGAGUUCCACGGAAACGUGCCCGUGAUUGCAACUCCCCAGGCAGCUCGAAUCAUCAGACCUUGGAACCACUUUUGUACCGUCGCCGUCAUCCAUGAUCUCAAGCCUGCAGCUACCUCGUGGCGCGUGUCAGAUUUGCAUCCCGGGCCAUGCCUCCCCCCGUGGCUCGCGGUGCUGCGCCUCCCAGGACACCGCGAGAUGAACUUCUCUACCGCUAUUAUCUGGACACACGUGGAAGACAACGGCACCGAGGUGCAUGAAACCAUCUUGACCUCGCCACACGGUACCUUAUUGGACCAAGGCCCUUUUCAGGCCUUCCUCAACUCAGAGCCAAAGACUCGCAAGCUCGCUAUGCUCCACGGCAACAAGGAGAGCCACAUCGGCGGCAAGCAAACCAGCUUCGGUGCCAAAGGCGGCCUGGGACUCUACCGAAAGCUCGGGGGACCAAAAUAUUGGGUUCUUUCUCAUGACCUGCCGCUGGCUUACGCGGGCAUCUUUAUGCGCCUGUCGCGCGCUGCAGAUACUCCACGGACGUUGGAAUGGGCACUAGAUCACGAGUUUCUAGAGCAGGGUUUGCAUAGGAAGCGACCUGACGUUUUUAAAAUGACAAACGGCGGUUGUUUAGUUUUGGAAGCGUAG